AGCGGGGAGGAGUCCCAGCUGGGCUGAGCGCGGGGAGCAGCUUGGCAGUGCCAGAGCUCAGGCCCCAGAGCCCUGCUGCAGAGAAGGUGGACCGGAGGAGGCAGGCCUGCAAGGAGGUGAAGUAGUGAGAUGGCGGACAGCUACACGGAGCUGGAGAAGGCGGUCGUCGUCCUGGUGGAAAACUUCUACAAAUACGUGUCUAAGCACAGCCUGGUCAAGAACAAGAUCAGCAAGAGCAGCUUCCGCAAGAUGCUCCAGAAAGAGCUGAACCAUAUGCUGACAGACACAGGGAAUCGAAAGGCCGCUGACAAGCUCAUCCAGAACCUGGAUGCCAACCACGAUGGGCGCAUCAGCUUUGAUGAGUACUGGACCUUGAUAGGUGGCAUCACCAGCCCCAUUGCCAACCUCAUCCGCCAGCAGGAGCAGCAGAGCAGCAGCUAGAAGACCUCCUCCUGCCACACCUUCAUGGCACUGGCCCAUGCUCUGCCCCUGGUGCUCUUCCCAGGCUCCUUCCUUCCUCAGAAUCCUCUGCCCACCCAGUCCCCUUUCCUCCCUUCUCCUGACCCUUGCUGAACAGGGUGAGGGGCGAUAUCAGGGCCUCUUUGUGAGUAUCUCAGGCUGGGGGUGCCUCCCUGAGGGUCUCAGUCCCUGGAGCCAGCAGACCCUAGGGGCCCCUCUGUGAGAUCUCAAUGCUGUUUGGGGACCCCGAGAGUUUCCUCACCUGUUCAGCCCAUAUACCCUACCAAUGUCUGAUGUUCUUGCCUGACUCUGGGCCUGUCCUGACCUCUGGAGGUCAGCACCUCUGGAGGUCUGCUCGCUACUUGAGGACUCCCUGCUUCUGAUGGCAGCAGCAGCAGCAGCAGCGACCUCUCCCCCUUCUCUUAGCCCCUCUGCUGGGUAGAGAAGCAAUUCCAAGGACUUCCCUCCAGUGGCCUGUGUGUCUGGGAACGAGCUAAGCAGGGCUGAGCCUCUUCCCUCUGCUCAGCCACUGAAAUAAUGGUAAUAAAUGCUGGAUUCAGAGUUUGUAUUCCCCUCACCUUUGUGAUGCUCAUUAAAACCUUCCCAUUCAUUGGAAACUC